ACACUCCCGCCCCUCCCCAGCCCUCUUAUAACUGCAGGCCCCUGGACCCUCCCACCCACACCCAACCCAGCCUGCCAGGUCCCUGUUCUGUUCUGACUGGAGCUCCCCCCACACACCCCUUGGCAGAGCCCCCUCCAGCCCCAUCAUGAAGCCAUUUCUGCCCUUUGCUGUGCUGGCGGUGCUUGUCUGCUUUUUGGCAGAAGGCCCCAGGCCAGCCCAGGCUUCCUCGAGUGUGGCAGAGAAGUUUGAAGAAUUCGGGCACAAAGUGAAGGAUCUGGCAGAAAAUAUAGCUAGCAAGACCAAGGAAGCCUUCAGGGAAUUCUCCACCAAAGCUAGGAACUGGUUCAAGCACACUUUCCAGAAAAUAAAAGACACCUUCUCCAAGUAACACUAGAAGACCAUAUACCCCAGGCUCACUCUCCACUGGGCCGAAGCCAGUAUCCUUCCCACCUGAAGAAAGGGCCUCUGAAAGGGUUCCCCCCUUCCUUCUGUCUGCUCCCUCCAGCCCCUGAUCCUAGCUCACUGACUCUAACAUAAUAAAGGUUUUACAGCCCUUGCA